UGCGUAGGCCACGUCACUCGGCUUCUUUCCUGCGGAAGUGACGACACUAUAUAGGCCGGCCAAUCCCAGCACUCGGGUUGCUAGCAGCUCAAGUUGUAUGGCUGUAGGAUGGUAGCGGAGUGGAGGUGCCGGUGUCAGUGAGCGGCAGACAUGUCCGUGCUGUACGCGCUGGCCUGGCGCCUCGUACACGUGUUGGUCGGGGCCCAGCGGGCGCUGCUUGCUUGGCUCCGGCUCUGGCAAUGGAGGGUGUGGAGGGCAGCGGGCGCUUUCCUUUUACCGCCUGAUAUUGGCUUUCAGCGGAAGGCUCCGCACGGAGACUGGAAUCUACGGCGGGGGGACUGGUGCCAAUGCCGAGAGGCCAGCGCUGACAGCUCCUCUCUGAGACAGCGCUGUGAAUGCACCUACCUGCAACGAGACCUCAUCCGACACAGGAAGGACCGAGCCAAGCUCAACAAGCUGCCCGUCCACCUGGCACUGCUCAUCGGAGAGGAACAACACAGCUACACGGAUGUGGCCAGCCUGGUGGUUUGGUGUAUGGCACUGGGCAUCUCCUAUGUCAGUGUCUAUGAUCAGCAAGGGUUCUUCAAAGAAAAUACUUCUAGACUUAUGGAUGAAUUGUUAAAACAACAGAAAGAACUGUUGGGUGAUGAAUGUUCAAAGUAUCCACUAGAAUAUGCAAAUGGCAGCACUGACACAAAUGAGAAAGUGAUUCGUCAUUUGCCCGUCUUAAAGGUGCUAUCUCCAGAAGAUGGGAAGACAAACAUUGUUAAAGCUGCACAGAAUUUUUGUCAACUUGUAGCAGAGAAAGACAAGAGACCAUCAGAUUUGGAUGUAGAAUCUUUUGAUCUUCUAUUAAGAAGUACACACAAUUUCCCAGACCCUGAGCUAAUAUUGAAAUUUGGCCAUAUAAACAGCACACUAGGUUUUCUACCAUGGCACAUACGACUUUCAGAAAUCAUCUCUAUACCAUCGCAUGUGAAUAUCCAAUACGAGGACUUUUUCUUCGCUGUCUGCUGCUAUGCAGGCUGUGAGCAGCGAUUUGGGAAAUGACCUCACUUUCUGUCGAGCCAAUUCUGGCUCCCUUUAAAAGGGACUCGGUACGUCUGUUUACGAACAAGCAGUCUGACUUCAGACGUUAAUGGUUCUUGGCCCAGAACUGGUCUUAUUUGUCAUACAUCUGUUAUUUAAAGUGUGGAAAUGAUGCACAGACUGAGAUCUGUCUGCAGCCAAAUCGGGGACAUUUAAAACAGAAAUAUGACCAAGUCAUGCCCCCUAUUUACAUGUGGACAGUGCUUUCAUGUAUAUCAAGAGCCUAUUUGUGGAGUCCAGCUUAUUUAUGGUAAGGGAAUCUAUAGCAGAACCCUGUGAUUACUGGGUACAUUACAAGAACAUCCAUGACCAUGGCUACCUAUGAAGUAAGUGUUUUCAGGCAGCGUUCCGUCCAGCUGUUUCCUUAUGGUAUGGUCAGAGAGCGGAAUAUGGGUGUGUUACUUCUCAAUCUACUCCACAGAUAUUUAAAUUGUAACUAUUGAAAAAACAAGUGGAUGUGUGCUUCACAGAACCAAAAAUAGCUUUUGUUGUACAUGGACAUUUAAAUAUCCCUCUAUUGGCAUGAAGUAUUUUUGCUGUGAAAGAGUAACCAAAUAUGUAUUGAAAUUCCGGUUCUUGGUCUGGGAUCCAAUGAGUAAGUGGCAGGAAAGUCAUGAGAACUGUUUGGCUAUUUGAAUCGGUUGCACUGAAUUUACAUGCCAACCAACUUUGUAAGGUUUUCUUUUUUUAAGUUAUAAUUUAU